GAGGGUCAUUUUCCACAUGAUAAAUAAGCUGACUCAUUCGUUAUACAAUACCAAUACAUUAUAUAUCUACACGUGUAGAUAGAUACGUCAACGUAAUGUAGAUUUUUGUAGAAAGGGCUUGGCUGUAGCACUCAAUUACGUUUAGGCUGUUGUUCAUGUUCAGUUAAUUCAGUGCUGUUCUUACUUUAACCAGCAAGUGGCAGUGCACCUACGUGUGGAACUACAAAAUAAAAUGUUACAUCGGGUCUAUAAUUUCACAUUAGUUUAAAAUACUUAUUCUAUGAAGUGUGAUGUAGUUUUAGCGCGGCGGGGUGUGCUACUUCUGAACUGACACAAACGUUGAACUCAAUUUAAAUCGAGUUUAUGGUCAAAAACAUUGGGAGUUAGGAAAUUCGCACAGCCAUCAUCUCGUUCCAACCGGUUUCCCCAGCUUGUAAAUGUCGUGUAGAAUAUAUUAUGAUGAUACAGUCGGCUGAGAUUCUUGUGGGGGCGUGUCUAGGUAUAGUUCUUAAUAUAAAUGUGUCUCUCCGCCAAUGGGAGCCAGCAAUGUGCUGUUUUUCUUACAUAAAUUAUGCAAAUGAUAGAGGCUGCAGAUUUUCAUCAAAGCGGAGAUGAGCUGACCUUGGCGAUUCUUAGUGCCGCAGUCCUAGAUGAACGCUCUCGGGAUGCGAUCCUUCCCUUCCCUUAAUUAACCCUGAAGAUGUGAUAUUUAAUCGAAGAGACGAAGGUUGUUUACCACAGCUAUAUCCUAUGGAUAAACUAGCAUGAAUUCUGCAUGCUACACCGUGGCGAUGGAUCUUGGUGUUUGUCAGCUGAGACAUUUUUCGAUAUCUUUCCUGUCGUCGUUGCUGGGGACAGACAGCUCGACCGUCCGACUGGAUAAUAGUUCCUCGGGUGCCAGUGUUGUGGCCAUAGACAAUAAAAUUGAGCAAGCAAUGGACUUGGUUAAGAGUCACCUGAUGUACGCCGUGCGGGAAGAGGUGGAAGUUCUGAAAGAGCAGAUAAAAGAACUGGUAGAGAGGAACUCUCAGCUGGAGCAGGAGAACAGCGUGCUUAAGAACUUGGCCAGUCCAGAACAGCUGGCACAGUUUCAAGCACAAGUGCAAAGUGGCUCACCGGCGGCGUCUUCCAUUCAAGGGAGCCAGCAGCAGCCUGCCCCAUCGGUCCAGCUUGCCUCUCAGACCGCGGCGGGGCCUUCUGCAUAGCCACCUUUUUUAAGUCCCUUCCAGAGUGGCAUAAAGACAGUGCUGUGAGGAGUGGGGAAAGAGACUGAACGCAAACAUGCUCGCGCUAACGAUCAUUACGCCUGAAGAUCCAUUCCUCAUUUACAGGAGAAUGCUGUCAAAAGCAAAUGAUUCUUUUUGCACAUAUGACUUUUUCAAAACUUGACACAGUGUUACAGCUGAGACACACAACUGACAAUCCGGUCAUGCUCCCCCCGGAAGCAAGAUGAUGGGACGUUGCCAAAAAAAAAGACAAAGUGAGAUUUGUCAAGCGAACAAGCUGGACAUAUUAACUCAAAGAAUCACCGUGCCUACGUCUGAUACAUUUCAAGUGUUGUUGAUUUUCAUCAGUGACUAUGGGAUUAUGGGUAAAUGGGUGGUGCCAUGCUCCCACAGACUAAAUGUAUGUAACCACAGCAGUCCUUAGGUCUAUACGCUUGAUUGGAGGUAAGCACUUUUCAUGGUGACAGAAUGUGAUGAUCCAAACUCAGUGCCCCAUCUGGCAUGGGCGGGGGGUGGGGUGGGGGGUGUUCAUUUUGUUAUUGUCAUAAUUAUUUAUGAUCGUUUGAAUGAAGGGAAAACACUUGCUUUGGGAUAGGAUAUUUUCUUUGAGGUUGAACUCAUCCACGCCCUUGUUAAGCCCCCGUUUUCUUUUUUUAAGAGCCUGGGGGGAAUUUGUUGAUGGGCUGAGCUUAAAUACUUAAGAGGUUGGAUAAUGGUAUGUAUAUUUCUGUAUAUUUAGUGUAAGUACUUUUUGUAAAAUAAUAACAUGAAAAGAGUGAAGAAAUGCUAUUAAGCUUGUACAAAAAUUGGAAAUGAGCUGAUUAUUGACGGACCUAAGUAUUUGGGCAGUCUUUUUUUAAAGAGAAACAAAUGCUGUUAUUCUGGGAGUGGAGCACACCAACAAUUUUAUAGACGUUUACCUGACAAAACCCCAGUUCCAUUGCCCUGGCUGAACUCACUCCGACUGUAACCAUUGGUCAGUUGCAUUUCUUUUGAGGUAUUGCACCCACAUGGGUUUCAUCUUUCAUUUGACAGUGAAGCACUCUGGCUGAUCAACUCUGAAAACACAUUUACUAUGAAUAUCAUUAUGGAAAACGGAUAUGACUUUUGCAUUACCUGUAUGCUUAUGUUCUGUGCAUGUUCCUCAAACCAGAUAAAUUGUAACAACUCAGUUGCACUUGACAGUUGUACUUGUCAACUUUAAAUAAAAUGUUACAGAAAAACAAGUUUGAUAACCAA